UACGUCAUCGCAUUGUGUGUAGAACAGAAAAAAAUGGCGGAGUACCUUGCGUCAAUUUUUGGCACAGAAAAGGACAAGGUAAAUUGUUCAUUUUACUUUAAAAUUGGAGCCUGUCGGCACGGGGAAAGAUGUUCACGUCUUCACAACAAACCCACUUUCAGCCAGACUGUCCUGAUAGAGAAUUUAUACAUGAACCCACAAAACACAGCACUGACAGCAGAUGGAUCCCAUAUUGUCUUGGAUGACGUGCAGGGCCAACAAGAUUUUGAUGAUUUUUUCGAAGAGGUUUUUACUGAGUUAGAGGAUAAGUAUGGAGAAAUUGAGGAGAUGAAUGUUUGUGACAAUUUAGGAGACCACCUUGUUGGAAAUGUCUAUGUUAAAUUCCGCUAUGAGGAAGAUGCAGAAAAAGCAGUAAAUGAAUUGAACAAUCGUUGGUUCAAUGGACGCCCAGUUCAUGCAGAAUUGUCCCCAGUCACAGACUUCAGAGAAGCUUGUUGCAGACAGUAUGAAAUGGGAGAGUGUACACGUGGUGGGUUCUGUAAUUUCAUGCACUUAAAACCAAUAUCUAGAGAACUGAGGCGUGAACUCUAUGGUAGAAGUCGCAGGAAGGUCCGAAGAUCACGUUCAAGGUCUCCGCCCACCAGAAGGAGUCGGAGUCGUAGCAGAGAGCGUAGGAGGUCAAGGUCUCGAGAAAGAAGGUCAAGGUCACGUAGUAGAGAGAGGAGAAGGUCACGAGAAAGGGAUGGAAGGCAUGGCAGAUACUGAUCAGAGACUCUGUGUUAACUCUUUUCAUGUCAACAUGUAUUUUACUUACACGCUUCAAAAUAUAUUUGUCAUAAAUCAGAUGUGCAGUUUUUCAUUGUCAAAUAAAAUUUCAAACUAUCA